AGCAGCUCGGCUGCUGCCUGCAAUCCAACAUGGAGUAGAGAGAGAUGGGGCUCUAGCGGGGCCACCCCUCGGUAACAACAGCGACGACGCGCUUUUUACGCACAACUGGAACCGGAGUCGUCGGUGAAAACAUGCGCCUUAGGACUUAAAAACGGAGUGUGUGCCUUGCGUGUCCGUGUGUGUGCGUGCGUGUGUGUGUGUGUUUGGGGAAGGGGGGGGGAGCGAGGAGAAGAGAAGAGCUGGAUUCGGCUACUAAACUGUCUGUAUAGGCUUCGUUACCUACUGAAGGCGAUGGGGGGAUUAAAGUUGUAGGACAGGGGAAGCAUUUGCGAUCCAGAAGGAGGCUGGGUGGCUCCGGUGGGGGGAAGAAAAAGUGAGGAAAAAGAAGACGGAGGCUCAGCCAGGCGAAGGCUCAGCCAGAGAGCCGACACUCGCACAAAGGCGCAGGGGGGAUUUAUGCGGAAUUGGAGACAGAAUCGGAGGAGCCGCGGUGAAAGAAUGACGAGCGAAAAGUAUGCAACCGCCGUGGUACAUUACCUGAGGUGAAACGAGAAAAUGAUAGAAGAAACACACCCAAACGAUGACAGCUACAUCGUGCGUGUGAAAGCGGUGGUGAUGACGCGGGACGACUCGAGUGGGGGCUGGCUGGCCCAGGACGGGGGAGCUCUGAGCCGGGUCGGCGUGUGCCGCCUCCUGCCGCCUGAGCUGGCCCCCGCGCCGGCCUCCAGCUACUCCCAGUUCCUCAUCCGCGGUGAGCGGCUGCGGGACAAACAGGUGAUCCUGGACUGUCCGCUGAGGAAGGACCUCGUGUACACCAUAGCGACGCCCACGUUUCACCAUUGGAAAGUGGAGGACAGGAAGUGUGGGCUGUCCUUCCAGAGUCCAGCUGACGCCAGAGCGUUCGACAGGGGGGUACGGAAAGCCAUCGAGGACCUGGCUGAAGGCUCCACCACCUCCUCCACAGCACUCCAGAACGAGGGCGAGCUGGGUGACGACGACGUCUUUACAAACACCACAGACAGCUCAUCCAACUCCUCCCAGAAACUGGAGAGCUCUCUGCAGCAGCUCGAGUCCUCGCCCCUUCCGCAGAGACACAAGUGCGUGCUGGGACAUCGCCACGACCUCCACGACCCCUACCGGCUCUCAGACCACUACUUCAUGGACCAGCCAUUGUCUCGGCUUCCCCGUCAUGUCACCUUCCAGGAAGACGAGGAAAUCGUCCGCAUCAACCCUCGAGAGCGCAGCUGGGAGCGAACUACCGAGCGCCUUCAUGGACGCGCGUCAGAUCGCUCCUGGCUCACGGGCUACGAGGACUACCGCCACGCCACUGUGCGGGACAAGUUCAUCCAAAUGGACGACAAUGAGUCCUACGUCCACUUUGCCAAGACGGAGGCACAGAAGCACGACUACACCUACCCCUUGGCGCCGGCCCUGUCGCCCUCAGACUCUGACCCCGCCCUCGGACCCUUGGUAAAUAAGGGCCACGGCGGCUCGUAUCGCCAAGGCUUCUCCUCUGUGGUCUCCUCCCAGCCCCGCUCCUUCCUCCCCAGUUCCUCCCCGUCCACCAACGGGGGGAAAGGGCGGAAAGAGGACGGGGUGGAGCGCGCUCAGUGCGAGCACUGCGGGGAGGCCUUUUACAUCUCCGACAACAGGAGAGGCCGGUGCCAGGAUGCGCCGGACCCUGUGCGGGCGUGCAUCCAGCGGGUCAGCUGCAUGUGGCUGGCAGACACCAUGCUCUACCACUGCAUGUCAGACCCAGAGGGGGACUACUCAGACCCCUGCUCCUGUGACGGGGGCGAGGGCAGCGGGGGAGGCCGGCUCGGCUCGCGCUGGUUAGCUCUGCUCGGCUUGUCUCUGGUGGCGCCGUGCCUCUGCCUCUACCCGCCUCUCCACGCUUGCCACCGGGCGGGGCUCAGGUGCGGCUGCUGCGGGGGCCGACACAAGGCCGCGAGCUGAGCGGCCGCGUUCGGGGGGGGGGGAGAAACCUCUCGGAGGAAAACGGCAAAAAAACAAACCUAAACCCAACGCAAGCACAGGGAAAGGGAAGGAUGGGGAAACACACAGAGGGGACAUGUGGUCGCGGCUGCUCGCUCUCUUGCCUUGGUUUCUCUGGGUUUCUCUACAAAUUCCAGACACUGAAAUAAGCCAAAAAAAAAAAAAAAAAACACAGUUGGUGCAUUUUCUGAACGGCCUGGGAAGAUAAGCUCCCCCUUACGGCAGACAGUUCUCUCAGCUCUCCACGUGGCCAUUUCAUGCUCUGUUUCUAGUGAGAGAGCACUCUUUUUCAGGGGGCCUUUUUUUUUUUUUAUAGCUGACCUAUAUGUCAUGUAUCACAUAUGCAGGUACUUUAUACUUUGUACACUGACUCGGCGUCAAAGAACUUGAAAUUGUUCCUCUGUUCUAUUUUUUUUUUCUCUCUCUCUCCUUUCGUUGUACGCGCGGCCAUUUUGUUUAUAUUCCAAUAUCAGGCCCGCUCAGCUCGACUCCAGCUACAAGAGAAAUCAGACACUACACCUCUCUGCGUGUGUGUGACGAGUGUGUGUGUGUGUGUGUGUGUGGAUGGUAUAUGUGCAUGCCUACAAAGUGCGCCGAGGUCUUUUGUUGUCUGUACCGCAGCUUAUAGUAAAGCUAAUGUAUAUAGUCCACAUAGCUCUCCAGCAUCGACAUCUUCUUUGCUCACUGAAACAAACGUGGUACUCACCUUAAUCUUCUUCUAAUAAUCCCAAAGAUUCGUGUUUUUAUCCUAUUUAUUUUCUCACUGAAUUAACCUACCAGCAAACAGGGCUGCGAUUUACUCUCUCGAUGAGGCGGCGCUCGAGCACCUCGUCUCCCAGCUCCUCUUCACGUUAUUUCAAACAGUGCCUAAACUACCACCUGAAGCAGGAACCUGUCCAGAAUCCCAGUCAGUUUUUUUUUUUCAGAGGGGGGUGUAUUUUACUUAACAUGCGCCCAAAGUGGUGUGAGAGUUUAUGGCUCUGAUUUCCUCAUUUUAAGGACUGAAAAAAUCAAUCAGAGAUACCGUUAACGUCUGAGCCCGUUAUGCCUUAAAAUGUUUCUAACUCCUAACGUCGCCCUCCACCCACCCGGUCCCUCUGAAGAUGUCUGCGCUAAGGAAACGUGUGACUGCAGUUACGGCCCUGAAGCAAUCAGCCUCAACACCCACUCUUCUAAACUUAGUUUAAACUAUUUUUGUAAAGAAAAUAACUCAUGUCAAGUGUUUAAACUAAGGACUCUAGUUUGCUUGCGAUGUACAAUCAGCUCCCCUCUUUGAGCCGACUCCCUCUCCAGUGGAGCGCCGGUCACAUACGUGGAAACUGUUCGAUGCUUCUUCAAAACAUGUAUAGGUCUCAGAAUCUUGUUAUUAUAGUGAAAAUUAGUAUGAAGACUUUUUUUCUGUCACUGCAUCAACGUAGUGAGUCGAAUUUCAGAAUUAUCUGUAAAAGUGAAGCCGACGUGUUAGUCGUUAGGAGACAUUUUGGGAAAUACUUUGCUUUUUUUCAGAAGAUUGAUAUUACCGUCACGUUUGUGUGUUUAAAUAUGAAGCUAACCUCGAGCUAGCAGGCAGUUAGCUUAGCUUAGCAUUCACAAAGCUAGCCUGGCUCCUUCCAGAGGUAGCAGAAUCCACCAACCAGCACUUCUACAGCUCAUUAACUAACUUAUUUAAGACCUUUGUUUAAAAAAAAAAAGUUUUAAAAGUAGACAAUUUGUGUUUUUUAGGGGGUUUUGUGCUGGACUGUUUCUUGUCCGGAUGCAGUGACUUCCUGGAAUCUCUUCUGGAUAGAAAAUGUUUUGUUUUACCUUUUAACAGAAGUAUUUCCCAAAGUGUCAAACUAUAUAACAAACUCGGACAUUAACACGAGAGAAAACUUUUCUAGUUUGUGACUGGCGUGCUCUAUUCCUCCGUCCUACAGCAUCUUUUUCCCUCCGUGCCAGAUUUGAUCAUCAUGCCCACAAAGAAUAACACCAGAUGUUCAACAACAGCUCGGUUGAAUUAAUUCAGUCGUUAUUACGACCCACAUGUCCAUGGAAAAGUCGGGUGAAGUUUUCGUAGUCCACAAAACAUUUCUGGAGCUCGACAUCAAAACUGUGUUGCAGAAUUCUCCUAAAAACUUUUAAAUUUACUUAUUUCAAGACCCCGUCUAAAGUGUGAUUACACCGGAGGAGCUGUAUGAAGCUAUUUUAAGUUUUAUUUCAGUUGUUUUUACAUGUUUUGUGACAAAUCUCCAGCCAGACACUCAAAAAAUGCAGUGCGAAACUUCACUGGUCUUUCUGUCGGCAUGGGAAUAAUUAAAUGGUGACUGAGCGUCCAUUUUUGGGUGGACAUGUCCUUUAAUGAGAUAGAAACUGUUAACGUUUGGUCAUUGAGGUCACGCUGGGUGUGUCGAUGAACAAACAUCCGGCGAGGGAGGAAAACAAAAACCUCUGUCCUUUCCUGCCCGUGUCACCUGGCGUUUAAGUGACACUCGAGCCAGCCAAUCACGCCCCCACACUGACAGCACAACACUAAACCGACGACCGCUCGGGUGCUUUUUCUUUUUUCUUUUUUUUUUUUUUGUUCUCGUCUAAGCCUGGUUUGAUGGCAGCGUUGGGGAUGUGACCGGUAACACAAUGAGCUUUUUUCAGAAGUACAAAAGAAACAAAAAGCAGGACAUCAGUGAGGUCCCUUUGGAAGAGAAACGGGAGUCUGAAAAACAGCCGAAAUCCCGGAGACAAACAUCCAUCCCCGAUUGUUUUGCCAAGGAAAUGUCACUAACUGUAGUUGAAAUGCAGAAUGCCUGAGGAUGUCCUUCUUCCUUCCCUGGUUGUGUCUGUUUCAUACAUCCUGUCCUCUGUCCCAGUACGUCCUUGGUGUGUGUGUGUGUGUGUGUGUGUGUGUGUGUGUGUUUAUCCCACAUCCCUUUCCCCUCUCCUCCUGCUCCUUGAUCCGACGCGACUUGGAUCGGCUGAAUAUGCUAUCACAUACUAACACUGAUCUAUUAUAAUCGGAUCCUUUUUGAUGAUGUGAUGUAUCAGGGACGGGGGCCAAUCAGAUUGGAAAGACUGUGUGUGUGUGUGUGUGUGUGUGUGUGUGUGUGUGUGUGUGUGUGUGUGUGUGUGUGUGUUUGUGAGUCGGCGUCAAAUCUUUUUCUCGUUGUCUGGUGUUUGAGUGUGUUCUCACAUGUCAGAGCCAUUUUACAAGUGCCUGAACGCAUCCUCUUUAUCUCCUUGUGUAUUUAAAAUUGAUUAAAAAUUAAAGAAGACUCCCUGUAAUGAAUUAGACCCAUUUUUUACGCUUAGUAUUUUUACCUCUGUAAAAAAAAAAAGAGCAAAAAUUAUAUUAUAUAUAUCAAGUGUAUGUUGUACAUUUUUAUUUCUAUUUUUGUUUUUUUUUAAAUAACUGUUUCUAACAUGUACGAUGGAUGUAGCUCUUGCUUUCGAGAAGGAACAGGAAGUACUUUGUAGAUACUGAAGGGUGGGUCAGGUCUGUGAGAAAACUAAAGUGAAAUGUGUGUCUUACCUUCCGCCUCCAAUAAAACGAGAGAAAACAGUGAAACCA